AUGGCUUCACACCUCAGAGACUCCUCUAAGCCCCAGUUACCAGAAAAUGACCCUUUAUUAGACUGCAUGGAGUUUAUUCCAACCCAGGUUUCUCCUGUGCAGUGGGAAGAAGGUAUCUCUAACUUGCCAAUUCCUCAGCUCAACUUUCCCCCAAAUGACAGUGUCUCCUGUGCAAAGAAGGAGCUGUCAGCACUCUGGGAGAUGUUUAACUCCUGGUUGCAGCCAGAAAAGCAUAGCAAGGAGCAGAUGAUUUCUCAACUUGUCUUGAAGGAGUUUCUCAUCACUGGUAAAUGCAAGGACAAGUUUGCCUUUAAAGAGAAAUGGGAAUCAAGUGACAGAAACAUGGGGAGAUUCAUGGAGGGUUUGAUUGAUGAGUGCUUGAAGCCUCCUGUCAUGGUUCACAUCGCCAUGCAGGGGCAGGAAGCCCUCUUUUCUGAGACCAUGUCCUUAAAAGAAGCCAUCAACCUCCUGAAAGAGCAGCAAUCAUCAAGAAGUUCAACACAAGAGACUGCAAGGACACCCUUUCCAGUCUCCCAAGACAUGUUAUUAAAAACAGGAGAGUACAAUGAAGAUGGCCAAAACAAUACCUGGAACACUAGGGAUGUAAAUGGUGGUAAUAGUAGUCCUGGAAAUCAGAUCGACUCCCUUAUCAUUAUCCAAAAAGAACAAUUUCCAGAGCCUGAACAUGGAAGGAACGUGUACUCAAAGAAGUCAAAAGCUUUUGAAACAACAGAAAUCAGCAACAACUCCAGCACAAGAGAAUGCAAGGACACCCUUGCCGAUCCCACCAGAUACAUUCUUGGCGACAGUUCAGCAGGGAAACUGGACGGCAGAGGGAGAAGGCAGUAUCCUGAGCCUGAAGAUGUUGAUUUUUCUUUUGGAACACCUCAGGAUGUCAGAAGAGCAAUUCAAGGCACCUCCAGCUAUAAGAAGAGUUCCUAUGGGUCCCUGUAUACCAGAACCAUGAGAAAAUUUCCACAUGUACAGGUCAAAGCUCCACAGAAACCUCAAACCUUACAAAUAUGA